GCAGCAGUGGAGUGAGCCCGCCGCCUUCUGUGAGGGGCGAUCGUACGCAAUUCUUUUCUUUGGCAAAUUUUAUUCUCCAAUUGUCACCGCUAAAUACGUCUCGUUAGGCCGUGAUUGAGAGACAAGGAGGCUCGUGGCGUUCGCUGGAGGUGUCGCACCGCCCUACAGAGCCCCGUAGAAGAUUACGUCGACGAGUCGUACUUGAUAUCUUCGCGCUGGUCGGAAUUUCCUCGCUCGUCGGUGUCGCUCGGAGGGUGGAGACCAGCGACUAGCGCAGACCCCCUUAUCAAGGUUGGGCUCGAGUGUGCCUCCUAUUGCUGCUUGUGGUGAGUCCAGUAUCAGCCAACCCCGUCAGAAGCAGAAGGACCUCACACCACAGAGCGUCAGCAGAAGCAGCAGCAGCAGCGGCAGCGGCGGCAGCAGAAGCAGCAGCAGAAUCCGCAGACACUGCCCUGGGGGUGGAGCUCUUGCUUGAAGUGCAGAAAGCCGUAGAACAGUCUUCCCAGCACACCCUAAGAUCCGCGGACGAGCAGCUCCUCCAGUUCUUAGGGAAACAGCAGAAGUAGGAGCAGCAGCAGACAAGCUACGAUGGAGGACCAACCUGACGACGCGGGAAGCAGCAGGUCCCGCCGCUCCACCGCCCACUGGUCGAAGCCAUGCACUAACCUGAUGCAUGUCUCCAGCAACACUCAGCAAACGCUCAGCUAUGAGAUACUCCUUGCGGUGGCCAAGGCGAUCAGCUACAUGGGCCAGUUCAAGAACAACUUUAGUAGAGACGUGUUGCACAUGGACUGGGAGGACCUCAGGGACGUCCACACCAACGGCAUCACCGUGCAGUUCAUCAAGUCGAUCCCGGCGAUCAACAAAACCGCCCUGGACUUCGACGAGCAGCUGCAGGAGGCCUACGAGAUGAUGCAGCGCCUCGCUGUGGGCAUCGAACAGGUCACGCUCGACCAGGCUCUGUACCAGGGCUCGUUCCUGCAGCAGUUCCGCAUCAUAGAGAACCACAUCGUGUCCAUCCUGUGCCAGCUGCACUAUGCCAUGGUGCACCGCAACCUGUCGCCCAGCGUCUCCGUCACGAAGGAGAUCAUGGGCGAGGAGUACCGGGACCUGGAGGGGGAGUCGAGCAGGAAUAUGCGGGACGCCGUCAUCGUCAGGGAGUACGACGCGGCUCUCAUGCACCUGAAGGAGGUCUUCUCGGAAUUCGAUAAGGAAACACCCUGAAGCCUCCCCUUUUACUUCUCGCGUACCUCUCCUCUUUCAUUUUUAAACGUAUUUUUUCUCGCUCUGUUUUCACUUCUCUCUCAUAAGUAACCUCAGCCAGCCAGCGGAUUUCGCUCCGAUGGUAACCAGAAGAGAAAAA